AUGCCUGAGUCUGGAAGCGUUGUUGACAAUGGAAACAGUCCAAACGACAGUUCUUCUGCAUCAAUCAAAAAUGUUUCGUCCCAUGAAUCUAAGAAAGUAGGCCAGGAACAUUUCAAUGAUUUAGACAACAGCCCAAUUCAGGAGCCAGAUUCUGGAACUGUGAAGCCAUCGACUGUGGCAAUUAAACCAAAAAGACCAGGACUUACGAAAUAUACCGUUUAUGUGACAAGUCGUCGAAUGUAUAUAGUUGGCAGCAAUACGAGAGAAACUGUCUUUAGAAUAUUGGAGAUCGAUUUUACCGAUCCAGAAAAGCUAGUCGUGAUGGAGGACAACGUUUACUUCAACAGGACGGAAAUAAUGGAUGUUUUGAACGGAUUGGAGGACUCCAGCGAUAACGGAUUGACGAAAAAGGUUACUGCUGUUGGUCUGCUUGGAUUUAUCAGAUUUACCAAGUAUUACUAUCUUUUAGCAGUCACCAAGAGAAAGCCGGCGGCAAUAUUGGGUGGACACUAUAUAUAUCAUGUUGACGAUACAGAACUAAUCCCCGUGACACAUAAUCCCAAAAAGCCUGCCAGAAACUCGGAAGAAGCCAGAUUCUUACAUACAUUCCUAAGCAUUGAUCUGGAAAAGACGUUUUACUUCAGCUAUACGUACGAUUUGACAAACACUCUGCAGAGAAACGUGGUGCGGUUCAAGAAAAAGUUCAUGGGGCUUUAUGAAACAAAUGCCACGAGAUCAAAUACGUCUACUCCGCAAAUAAAGACCGCAGAGGAGAACACAGGCGAUUUCAGCUAUAACGACCGCUUUGUGUGGAAUUCGCAUUUGCUUCAACCGGUUCUACUCACAUUUGAUCGAGUCUACGAUUGGUUUCAGCCUAUAAUGCACGGAUUUGUCGACCAGAUCAAGCUUUCAAUAUUUGGAUCUGAUGUGUACAUCACACUAAUUGCAAGAAGAUCGCACCACUUUGCCGGUGCAAGGUUCUUCAAACGUGGUGUGAACGAUAGCGGAAAUGUUGCGAAUGAGGUCGAGACCGAGCAAAUAGUAUCGGAUAUGCUAACGUCGUCUUUCCACGAUCCAAAGGCUGGAUUCUUCAAUAAUCCAAGAUACACCUCCUUUGUGCAACACAGGGGAUCAAUUCCGUUGUCUUGGUCGCAGGCAACUGCUCCAAAUAUCCGUAUGACGAAACCACCGAUCGAAUUAAACGUGAUCGAUCCUUUCUAUUCGGCGGCUGCUCUUCAUUUUGAUGAUUUGUUUAAAAGGUACGGGGCGCCUAUUCAGAUUCUCAAUCUUAUAAAGCAAAAGGAGAAAAGCCCCAGAGAAACAAAGCUUUUGAAAGAGUUUGGCAAUUGUGUGGAUUACCUAAACAAGUUUCUCCCUGAAGAGAAGAAGAUCAUAUACACAGCCUGGGAUAUGUCUCGGGCAUCUAAGAGUCAUGGCCAGGAUGUUAUAACUUGGCUUGAAUGCUAUAGUGAAAAGACGCUGCAGAUAACUGGCUUUUUCCAUAAUGGCAGAACGCUUAACGACACACAGCUUCAACAUGGUAUAUGCCGAACAAACUGUAUUGAUUGUCUUGAUAGAACCAAUGCCGCCCAAUUUGUGAUAGGGAAAAGAGCACUUGGACACCAAUUGAAGGCAUUGGGUUAUACCGAGAACAUUUAUUUAGAGUACGACUCGGAUGCAAUAAACAGUUGGACCGAGUUAUUUCACGAUCAUGGAGAUACAAUCGCCAUGCAAUACGGAGGAUCGCAUUUGGUGAACACACUGCAGACAUACAGAAAGAUCAACCAAUGGAGCUCACACUCCAGGGAUAUGAUUGAGAGUGUCAAGAGGUUUUACAGCAAUUCUUUUAUUGAUGCGCAACGGCAAGAUGCCAUAAACCUAUUUCUUGGAAACUAUGUCUACAAGGAGGGACAUCCAAUGCUUUGGGAUUUAAAUACAGACUAUUAUCUACACAACAACUAUCUUGGUAUCAGCCUUAACUACAGGCCUAGCUAUACCCACUGGUACACGGACAGUUUUCUUAUCGACCGGAAGAAAGAGCUAAUGCAGCUACAGGAGGAGAUAAAAGGCCCGCUUUUCGAUCAACUAGAGAAAUUGACUGUGCUGAAGAUAGACCCUUACCCUGGAUUCUUCGAUAACUAUUGGAAUAGCAAGUACCCGGCUAGAGAAUUGAGUUCAUUUCGAGACUCGUUUGAGUACAACAUGAAUUCUACUCUGCACUAUACAAACAGAAGUGCUACUGCGGGUGGGUUAAGCAAUGGCUCACAUACAGGAAACCAUAAAGAUGUGGAUAACGAAAAGGCAUCAACUGUUUCUGAUAAUACACAAUCAACUUGUGCAAAUGAUGUGAAGAGUAUCUAUAGCAGUAGCGUAUAUUCUCUUGAGCUUGAUUCUCAGAACGCCGCUGAUCAGAAGUAUGUUUCUCCGUUUAAAUCGAGAAAACCCAGAAGAGAGGAGCUGCUUGAGGAGAGAUUGCAGGAGGAGGAAGCAAAAUUGGAUACAAAGGAAAAGCAUACUGAUGAUGAGAAAUCUGAAGAAAGCAAAGCAUCUUUAGCUUCUGGGACUGAAGGUGACGAGUCAUACUUCGAGCUCACAGCUUUGAAAAAUAGCUAUGGAAAGUACAAGAGGGUGGAAAAAAGCCAUGGCUAUCUCUCUGAAAUGCUAGAGAAGACAAACAAUGAGAUAAAUGCUUUGAUAGAUGAUACUAGGACACUUCCUAUCAUUACAGGCCCUUCAAGUCAAGCAUUGAAUGAAGAUGCAUUUGACUAUAUUGACGAAGGAUAUUUGAAAGGAAACAGUUCUAUUAGUGGAAAGACCAAUGUACCGGAGCAGAUACCAUUUAAAGACAUGUAUAAAUUGUCAUCACCAAAGAUAUACGAAGAGGAUUUGCAAAUUUAUGAGAAUUCCAUCAACUCGGCUAGAGUUCGCUAUGAUGAUGCCUUUCGAAAGAAAGCAGAGAACCUAUUGAAAAAUUACAAGGAUAUGCUGAAGGUUGAAAUAUCGAACAGAGACCUUGGCAUGUAUCGUCAGUUUGUUGAUUGCAUGAAUGAAUGGAAAGUGGAAAAAGACAUCGAGGACAGGACAAAGUGGGAAGUUGGAACUGACACAGAUUUGGAAAAUGAUUAUGAUGACUUGUCCAGUCAGGCUUCUUCGUUUGGAAGUCUGGAUGAGAGCAUUGACUCCCAGGAAAGUUUGCAUUACGACAACUCUCAAUUAAGAAACAAAACUGAUGGAGAUGUCACAAUUGAGCAUGCAAGUGCAGAUACGAAUGAUAGACAUGGGGAUACGCUUGAAAAUGAAAGAAAAUCUGCUGAUGAAACGCAAGAGAAGAAGGUGGACAAGGCUGUUGCUGAAGAGGAGAAGGUACUUGCUGUGUCAGAUGAAAGUGAGCCUACUUAUUUCAGCUUUAAAGAACCGGAACAACAUACUGCUGAAAUUGCAGUAACUGAUAAUGAAAGCGAAAAAGACAUUUCUGACCCGAAGUCAGACAUUAGUAAACUGCAUUCAGCCGAUGGUGCAGAUAUAGCUAUUCAAGAAAAUCAGAAGAGUGAGGACUCUUCUCUAAGUAUGGUAGGUGGGUUGCACAACGAUAAAGCUACAGCUGCGUCACCAUUUCAGGAUGAGGAUAAAUUAGAUACCUGA